CAGCAAGAAUAUGAAAACAAGAGUCGCAGACAGGAUCCGAAACCUAAUCGAACCGAUCGAGGGGCCACCGGAGACGGAGACGGAGAUGGAUCGCAAUUUCAACUACGACGAGCAUGACCACGAAGUUUAUGGAGGCGAUAUCCCUGACGACGCCGAGAUGGAUGCCGACCUCGACAUGUCCUCUGGUAGGGCCGACGAAGAAGAUUACGAAGCCGAACCCAGUAGCGCCAACUCGAAGGACUUGGAGGACAUGAAGAGGAGGCUUAAGGAGAUCGAAGAGGAGGCCGGUGCCCUUCGGGAAAUGCAGGCCAAGGUCGAGAAGGAGAUGGGCGCUGUUCAAGAAGAUUCAUCCAGUACCUCUGCAACGCAGGCUGAAAAGGAGGAAGCGGAUUCUCGAUCUGUAUAUGUUGGUAAUGUUGACUAUGCAUGCACUCCUGAAGAGGUCCAACAGCAUUUUCAAUCGUGUGGAACAGUUAAUAGAGUGACAAUUUUGACUGACAAAUUUGGCCAUCCCAAGGGAUUUGCUUAUGUCGAGUUCGUGGAGGUUGAUGCUAUCCAGAAUGCUUUGCUGUUGAACGAGUCGGAGUUGCAUGGUCGUCAACUAAAGGUCUCUGCUAAAAGGACAAAUGUGCCUGGCAUGAAGCAAUUCCGAGGAAGGCGACCAAACUCUUUUGGCUUUCGAGGUCGUCGGCCUUUCAUCCCUUCUGCACCUUUUCCUCCUUCGUAUGGUUAUGGAAGGGUUCCAAGGUUCAGGCGGCCGAUGCGGUACAGACCCUACUAGGAGAUACGAUGAUCGUACUAUUACUGCAAACUAUUGUUCGGGAUCUACGGUUCCUUCGUCAAGGAUUCGAUUACAAUCUCCAUAACUUGGAGGGUGUGGAAAACAUUGUACUACUCUAUUCAUGUUUCAACAAUCCCACUUGGGUUGUUUAUGAACUUGGCAGCAGUUUCUAGCUUGAGGGGGAUGAAGAUUUGUGGAUUACAUUUUGUUGGGUGUGGAAGGGCUAAAAAGAACCAUGUUAUCAACCAUUAGAGAUUAAGGAAACUAAAGAACGUAUCCUUGUGUAUGGUGAAUUGGAACUGAUCAUGAUGUAGAAUUCUUUGUUAUUUAAGAAGUAAUUAUAAGUUGAUAUGAAGUA